AUGACAGUGUAUGAGGGCAGUCAAGCUACUCUCAUCUGCAAUUACACUGGAUCCUCAAUACAAAGUCUGGAAUGGAUGAAAGAUGAUGACGGCGCCAUUCAGUCGCCUACACAGAUUGCUGAAAUCAUUUACCAUAUUGGCAAUGAACCUAUUUAUCACAAUGGUUACAACUCGUCGACUUACACCGCCUCAAUAGAUUGGCACACAAACACAUUCAACUUGCUUAUCCACUCUGUUGACGUGGCUGCUGAUGGAGGGACGUUCUGGUGUUUUGCUAGAUAUUGGGUGGGAACUCUCAUUAUAUCGUCUAUUGAUUUGACUGUAAUCGUGCUACCUAAAACCAUCGCCUUAUCGGACUCAUCAACAAGCUAUCCUUCCGCUGAUGGUACAGCGUAUUUGCUAAAAGGCAUGGAUCACCGAUUCACUUGUGAGGUACCAGACAUAAACCCAGGAGCCUCAUUCACGUGGUCUCUAGGUGAUGCGACCAUCACACCAUAUAACACCGUGAAUGUCACAGGUGCUGAUAAGCUGACUACCAGCACUAGUAUGGCUACCUUCUCGCCAACAUGGAGCCAUCAUGGAAAGACGUUACGGUGCCAGGCUUCCAACGAUGAAGAAUAUGAAGGGAUAAGCGUAAACAUCAGGCUUUAUGUUAUCGGACCCACUGAGACUCCUGUCAUAACCGGUAGUACAUCCAUGACUGAGAAUGAAGCGACUCUGCUGACGUGUACAGCAGACAUGGGAUAUCCCGAUGACUGGACUCUGGUUUGGUCCAAUGGAGGCUCACCAGGUCCAACUACGAGCUUGUCAGAAUCAGGUGAUCGGUACAGCUUCACCAGCACGCUGGACUACACACCAAGGAGACAGGAUAAUGGAAACAUCAUCACAUGCACAGCAAAUAGGGCCCCGUGGAUCCCUGGACCAGUGGGAUCUCUGGGUCCGAUUGAUGUCAAAUACGAAGUCAACAUCACCAAUAAAGCAAUGAAUGAAGUAAGAGUCAAAGAUGGUGAAAAUGCUGUCUUAAUCUGCAUUGCGGUGGGUAAUCCUCAGCCACUCAUGGAGUGGUAUUGUACCAACAACACCAUGAUUACCAGUGACGUGGAUGAAGGAAAGUUCCCUGUAACACAUGAGACAUCUGGUGGAGAUGGAAUUUUUGAAUUCAAAGUCACCAGCAAGUUGACCGUCAAGGCAGUAGAUUCCCAGGUUGAUUAUGGAGUGUACACCUGCAUCAGUUCAAAUGGCAUCGGAAGAGAGGACUCACUGAACAUCACCCUCACUGAAAUAAUGACCAAUGUACCUCCAACGACAACUGUGCCUGAUGACAAGACAGUGGUCAUUAUUGGUAUCAUCAUCGGGUUUGUCGUCUUAACUGUCAUCGCGCUUGGAGUCUAUGUCACAAGAAGAUCGAGGAAAGCUAGUGGCGAAUUGGACUGCAUAAGUCAGCCAGCCAAUAAGAAACCAGGGACAGUGGAUUAUGCAAAUGUCCCAACGGCGCACAAGGCCUUCCCACGUGAUCAGCUGAAGAUCAUCAAAGAGCUCGGACAUGGCGCCUUUGGUCAGGUGCUUCUAGCGGAAGCCUCGGGGAUGACACAGGGGUCAAAGGUCACACUGGUUGCUGUUAAGACUCUAAAAGACGGAGCAGGCAAUAGUGAAAAAGCCGACUUGAUGAGGGAGCUAGACCUGAUGAAGAAGUUACCUGACCAUUGUAAUGUAGUCAGGCUCCUUGGAUUCUGUGUCGAGGAAGAUCCGCCAUACAUCAUUGUGGAGUAUCAAUCUAGAGGCAAUCUGAAAGACCUUCUUAAAGACAGUCGUAGUAAGGGAAGGCGUGUCUAUGGCAACCUGCAUGGUAUCAGUAAGUCACUAACCUCCAAGGAUCUGAUGAAGUUUGCUAAAGAUGUUGCUGAUGGAAUGGCCUUUAUCUCAUCUCAACGGUGCAUUCACAGGGACCUUGCUGCCCGUAACGUGCUUGUUGCUGAGGACAUGACGUGUAAGGUGGCUGAUUUCGGACUCGCUCGUGACGUCAUGAAUAUCAGAGUGUAUGAACGAAGAUCACAGGGUCCACUGCCCAUGCGCUGGAUGGCUUUUGAGUCCAUUUUGGAUGACGUGUACACAACAGAGAGUGACGUAUGGUCUUAUGGCGUACUUCUGUGGGAAAUAGUUACACUCGGUGCUCGUCCGUACCCCGCUAUGACAGCAAAGAUAAUGGUUAACGAGCUUCAGUCUGGCUACCGUAUGCCCAAACCACUACACUGUCAGGAGGAAUUGUAUGUGAUGAUGUUGAGAUGUUGGUAUGAGGACCCAGACAGUCGACCGACAUUUAAGAUGAUCAGUAAGGAGCUGGACAAACUCAUCACCAAAGAAAAGGAGUACAUAUCACUCGAUGAUUUCGAGGAGAGCAUCUAUGAAGUCGCGCUGAAAGAUGAUGCCGGCGAAAAGGUGUAA